AUGGGUGACAAUUAUCGAAUUCGUGCUCGUGAAAUUUUACAUCGAAAGGGUAAUCAAAUUACUGAAGCCGAGUAUGUGUUCGACGAAAUUCAUGCUAAUGGUAAAGUACGUCAACAUCGUGUUAGUGUCAAGAAAGAAGAAUUUGAACGACUAGCUGCUACACUUAAGAAGCCGACGUUAUCAUUUGAUGACUUCACGAAAGUGACACGGCCCUUACUGAUGGGACAUCAUGCAGCCGAAGAUAUACCUGAAGCAUUUCGCCUAUUAGACACUGAUAAUUCAGAUACUAUUGAUAUUGGCGAACUUGCCGUGUUUAUGCCCGCCAUUGUACCUAAUUCAAAUUCAUAUAUGCUUCUCCGUUAUUUUCAAGUGGCUGAUACAAACAACGACUAUAAACUCAAUUUGGAUGAAUUUACUGCGUUUAUCAAGAAAGGAAUCGUCCGAGAGCUCGCACUUGGACGCUUUUAA